AUGGUAUCCAUUUUCUCCUUCUUCUCCGGCAAGAAGAAACCCAAGGGGAACACCGCCCGCCCCCCGUCCCCCACAUCCCCCGCCCGCGACACUCCAGAGCGUCCCGCCGCCCGCUUCCUGUCCCUCCGACAAAAGGCCACCGCCAACCCCCACGGCACCUCCUCUCCACGCGCCAGCUCAGAGCUCUCGAGAAAGAGGAGUCGGCGGCAGUCAGGGCGCUCCAGCCCGCCCAUACAGCUGCCAAAGCUCGACCUGGGUCUCGAGGUCAGUGCGCUCGGCAGCCCAGGGGACACGGCGCUCGACAUAGGGUCCCUGGGAAGGCCUCCCAACCUCAAGCAGGAAGAGAGGGAUCUGCUGCGAGAGCUGCGAUGGGACGUGGGGGAAGUAAAGCUGGCUUGGGAAUGGUUUGGUAGCGCACUGAAGGCAACUGGACUGGACACAAGAGGCAUUCUGCUGCCACGAGGAAUCGACGCAGAUCCUACCACGCACUUCUAUCUUUUCGCUCUCUUUGCGCUCUACACCAAACCACAUCUUAUCGAUUCUCUUCCAUCAGUGGCCUCUCACCUGGCAAAACCGACGUCCGAGCGGCCUUCCGAGAUUUGGCAUGAGAGGCUGGUCACGUCCCUCAGAGAUACCGACAAGCCUCUUGACAUCUCGGAAGGCCUCAAAUUCAUACUCCGACGCUUGCUACCCAGUGCAACAGGCGAGAAUCCUCUCAUCAGUCGUCAGGUCUACACAACGUUUGUUCAAGCCGAGCAUGCCUCGUCUUAUCCUUUGUCGGCCUUUGGAGAGUUACUCGGACACAACGUCCCUGCGGAGGUUGCAAACUAUCUGCAUGAAAUGUUUGAGACGUGGGCGGCUAUAGCUACGCAUGCCGACCAAAACACCCUGACUGGUGGCAGGCUAGCCUACCUUCUCGGUUGGUGGGCAUACGGUAUGAACGCUGGCAAGGUGGCCAGUUUCGACCACUUCUACAAGACCUGGAAAGAGGCCGGAAAGAGACUGGAGCACUUGCUUUACGCUUGGAUCAGGUUUCAAUCUACGAAACAAAGACUGCCCACGCGCAUGCUCCAGCUAGUCAACGACUAUCCUUUUGGGGAGGCCUCUGCUUCAUCCGAGCACUUACCCCUUCCCCCGCCCUCGUCUUCCAGCCGCAAGACUCUGCAUGUGGUCCUCAAAAGCAGCCUCCCCGUAAACAAGGCCGGUUCCGGGCCCGAAGAGAUCUUUCACGCCGCUUUACGGGCUACCAUCCACAGCGAAGCGUCUGUACCUCAGUGGUCCGCUUUAAUCAAGGACAAGGUCAACCUUGCCGACAUCGUUUCUGAAGACUCUUUGAGCCUGUUCAAGACCUUGGCACCAUCCGAGGAACCUCUUUCGCCUGCUUCCGUCCUUGAUCUACCUUCCACCCAAGAGCCUCCCAUCUACCGCCCAUUCCAGACCCACUCCCGAGGCCACUCUGUCCUCUCGGACCACUCCACAUUCAGUAAAACCCGGGUGGAGGGGGAGGGGAGUCCGGACCCUGGCGCGUGGGAUGAUUUCGAAAAGAUUGGCUUUAGCGAGACUGGCGAGGGCACUGGAGACCUGAAACUUGACUUCUCUGCCACUGCCUCUGUUGUCCCUAGCGGAAAGUCUGUCACUUCCCUAACUCAAAAGAGAAAGUCAGCUGAAAAGCCUCUCAACAAAUCACGAAAGAGAACCUUCCGGGACUCUGCUGAGCUGGUGCCCACGUUCACAGUCAUGAGCGAGGCUGUCAUCAAAAUUGACGACAUCUUCAUGUCGUUCUUUGAGGAUGCCAAACUCGACGAUGUGACUGCGUCUUGGCCGCCUUUCUCCCUCGUGCGCCUCGCGUCUCCAAUCGCCCAGCCAAAGCCUAUUGAAUGGCUGCUUGUGUCGAUUGAGCACAUUCCCUAUCCACCUUCGGAGCCAUUUGAGCACGAGACCAUCGAGCGGCCCACCUCACCAAGCGCGAGAUCGACAACGUCCGGGAGGGGUAGCAACUCUAAGGGUCUGCGCGACUUUGCCACGUCCCUCUCGAGAAGAACGUCUUCAGCUGGCGGUGGCAAUGGGAACAGUUCGAGGAGAAGCUUCUUUGGUAUCUCGAGAAGUGGAUCAGGACUGAAGGAAGGUGAUCUGCCUACCUUGGAGGAGUUGGGCAAAAAGAAGUCCGAACCGGUAUCGAUUGGGGAAAUGGGUGAAAUUGUCUCUCCUAGCCGAUCUCAGAACCUUGCCUCGCCUUUGACCGCGAGUAGGAUCCCAAUCGCCGACAAGGAAGUAGACAAUGCAUCUACUCGCGCCUUGUUCGUUCCCACUCCCGCUGGGACCGUCCAGAACACGCCUUUGCCCUCACCUAUGCCUACUGCUUCCGGAUUCGAGGAAGGAACCUCACUUCUUGGUGCCAUUUCCCAUGAUGGCGGCGACAAGGGGGCGGACGAUAAAGCUCUUGAGGUCCACACCCCGGCAGCGACUGCUGCGCCCCUUGCGGUCAAGGAAGUACUCCCCUCGUCCACUCAACCUACUGAGAACCUGGCUGAGGCUGAGAGUUCUGAUGAUGAGGAGCUCCCCGCCCCGCGCAGAGGUGAGCGAUCCCUCGCCCCUUCUCCUUCUCUUCCUCCCUCUGUUCGCGAGCACGAGAUUGAGGAAGAGCUUCCUGCCGAGAAGGGAGCCGACCAGAGCUCUGUCACCCCUGAGACGCAGACUGUCAAAGACGAACCUGUCGACCAAGAAAAGGGAGAGGGGAUCACUGGACUAUUGGCCUCUGGCACUUCUGCCAUUGCUGCUGGAGGUGCUGCAGCCAUUGCGGCGGUAGCUGCCGCUGCUGACCUUGUUCUCAGCGACCCAGAGCAUCCUGCAUCUUCUACCCCUGAUCAGCCCCAAGAAGACCCGGUAACAGAGAUCAGGAGUCAAGACGCCAGCUCCCAAUCAGGGACUUUUGAUGUCGACCGUCAGCGUGAGCCCCCUCAGCAGGUGAUGGUCGCCGAUGAGGAGACCCCCCUUCCCAAGACUGACUUGCAGCUUGAAGAAGAGCGUCAGAAGGAAGAGAGGGGUGCUGGUGUUGGCAGCCUGGAAGGUGCCAAGGCCGCAGGAAUUGCUUUGGACAUCCAACCUCAUCAGAGCGAAGACUACCCAGCUCCCGUUGCACUUUCUCGGACUAGCGAAGACAAAGAGCAGGCUACCGAGGCUCAACCUCACACGCAUCUCGAGGGCGUUGAUGCUGAAGACCACCCCGUUCCUCCGCAGCAGAUUAUGGUCGCCAAUGAGGAGGCCCCUUUGCCAAAGUCAGAUGGCCAGCUGAAGGAAGAAAGACAAGCUGAGCGUCGGGGGAUGAGUUUGGGGGGUAUCGAAGGGGCAACUGCUGCUGGAAUUGCUCUGGACUUCCAGUCAGAGGAUCAGGAUCUUCACAGCACCGACGACCAAUCUCCACCUCAUGAGGACAAGCUGGACUCUGAGGAAUCGCCUCUCACAGCAGCGUCAACCUCUGCCUCCGCGUCUACCAUCGAGGAGCGUGACACAGAGACUCCUCAUAUCCAGCAUAUCCAGGAAUCUUCCGAAGAGCGCCAUCCCAUUGAAGUUACAGUGGAGACGGUUGCUACGGUCACUCCGGCAACGGAGAACAACUUUCAUUUCCAACCCGUAGAGACUCCUGCACAGACGCCGGCGCUGCGCGACAGCGAGGAUGCCACAGCUGGCAGGGAUGAACCUACAGUUCAUUCAACCGAUUCUAUCGACCGAGAACAAGUCACCGCUUUCGAGCCAGCAGCUCAGAUCGUCAUCGUAAAUGAUGUCUCCAAGGCGACCGAAAAAGACGAUCUGCCACCGACGGGGGUCGACGAUCGACCCAUCGUGCAGGAGCCGAUGACUGCCCAACUGGCUGCCAGCGAGGUAGUUCUUGCAGAACCCAUGGGUAUCGAGACGACAAUUGAUAAGUUUGGGUCGGUCUUGGCUGCCGGUGCUACUGGAUCCGCGCUUCCAGAAGUCACCAAAGUCUUUGCAAAUUCAAGAGUCAGUGAUCAAGGGGACAUUGAACUUGUGCAGACGUCCCAUAUAAUGCCUAGGUCUGACGAUACCCAGGACGAUGUUCAAGAAACGGUUGAAGAUGAGCAAUCCUCCGUGGCCCCCGUCCUUCAAGAGGAUGAAACGGGGCCCUCUUCCGCUGCCGAGGCAAUUCCUGCUGAAAGUGAUGGAGCCGUUCCAAACGAAGACGACGAAGAACCUCGAGGCGUGACUGAUGAUGUUCGAAGCUUCCACGAAGCUUCUGCGAUCUCCGCGCCACAAACUCCCAACCUACAUGGAUCCGAAUUUACACCCUCCUCCCCGGGUCAUCCCUCAAUGUCGAUCGCAGAAGACAACUCUUCACCCAGGGCGACCGCUCGCGAAUCCCCAUCCUUUUCUCUGGGACCAGUGAUUACCCCCAGCGCUGGGCUCCCGGCAGCCUUAGAAGAAAUCAGUGCCGAGGAGACGACGCCAAACGUAGAGGAAGCGCAAGGGACCAAAGACGAAAAUGGAGAGACUUCUGUCGAGACGAAGGCCGUCUCAGAAGAGGCGCCUUCUUUACACCAGCAACAGGAUGCGUAUGACCACUCGGGUGACCCUGAACUCUCCCCAGCUACACAGCAAGCUGAAACGGAUGUCGCUGAGGCUCAGGAACCAGUCAUCAGUCCAGAAUCAGGUCUGGCGUCUGAUGAGCCGGUAUCAGGUGAACAGCAGAUUGAUGUCGCUCGACAGGACCCACCACUGGCUCAAGCUGCAGAGGAUGUACCUCAACCAUCGGAGCAGCUGCCAGCGACUACUGGCUCCUUGGACUCUCUUCCUGUCGAGAGUCAACACGAGGAUGCCCUCGACGUAUCUGAACCCGUUGUGGAAACCGGCGUGGCUCCCGAACCCUCUGUACCUGCUUCAGAGGCCCCGGUGGCUGUCGAAAGCAGCUCCAUUGCGCCUGAUAUGGGUCGGUCAGCAGAAGUCGAAGACUUCCCAGUGGAGGACAGACAGGACACGCUCGAUGCUACGCAAUUCCUCGCGGGCGCCGUUACGUUACCUCGAGAAGAGGCAGGUACAGGUGAAUCAACUGACGGACCCGAACAAGAAAAAGGUCCUGAUUCUGGACCCUACAACCACAUACCACUCGCUCCAACUUUCCCGACGCCCAGUGACCAGUGAGUCGGUGGUCCAAACCAUCUCCAAUACAUGUUCUUAUCUUUCAUCUUAGUGCCAUUGCCAUUGAUACUGCCCAGCAUGAUCUCCCAGUCGAUGCUCCCAUUGCGAGCUCUGGUGAUGUCCCAAGUCACCCAGAAAGGACUUGGGAGUCUAUGGAGAACGGACCGUUCGAGACGCCCGAGGACGGCGACGCGAUCAAUGCUACCCCGGUGCCAAUCGCAAGUCAUCUAGAGAAUGUCGUUCGGGGUCUUGAAGAAAGCGACACUGUAGCCUCCACUCCUGCUCUCAUUCGCGUCACCGAACCGCCUGUAAUCAUUCACGGUACUCCACCUACCUCUCCUCCGCCCGUGGAUGGCCAAGCGCCCGAGUCCAUCAUCCCUCAGCCUCUUGAAGCAGGCCCAGAUGACGAUCAACCAGCUGUGUUGAUUCCUAUCGAGGACGCGUCUCCUGUAGAAGAGCCCGAGGAAGAAAAUGUGGUAUCCUUCUCAGUGCCAGAGACUGUGGAUGAGGAGGCCGAGGUCGAGGAAGAGCGUGCCGAGGUCAGCAAGCACUCAUCUAAAGAGGCGCAUGCAGUGUCGGAACUCUCGGAUCCCGGGGCUUGGAACCAUGAUCUGGAGAAGAAGGAGGAGGUGCAGGAGGAGAGCAAAGAGAGAGAGACGCCCUCUGUUGAUCCUACGGUCUAUGGUCAGGGGGACACUCUUGCCACCGAUGACGCAAAAGUACCUCGAGACGCGGAAGAAGUCGCCGUAGCCCCAAAGCUGCAUCCGUCUCAAGACUCCCAGGAGCUCUGAUAGACUUGCAAAUCAACUGGCGGAAGAAGGUGUAUCGAUGAGGAAAACGAGAGCUUGAUUUUGUACAUAUACCCUGCACGCAAUCCACCCCGCCAUCCAUUAGUCUUCUCCCUGUAUCAUAGACAUCUAUAUUUUCAACUAUCAGCAUAUUAUGACCUUGCAAUGACAUCUUUCUGUUCGCCCAUACACAGAAGAGCCACCGCUGCACUCGUAGAGAGAAACACCGCUGGACUUGUAUCGCAAGAUAGAUAAGAGAGGCAUGCGCAAUGGCCAAUGAAUGUGAUAUCAAACAUGCAUGGGGAAAACGAAGAAGUAAAGGAAACAACCCUGAUCAUGAU